AUGGACAUUGAACAGAAAAAAACCGAACGGCGACUUGAAAAUUCGUCAAACUCGAUGAUCUGCCAACAAAAGAGAACAGUCUUUGCUCGUGUGGUUGCUCUUGUAUCUCUCCACUUUACACCCUGUGUCCGCAACCUUUUAACAUCGCUAAUGAAAAGUAUACUGAACUCCCAACGACUGCUUCAACUGUACCAAUUUCAUCCGAAACUGAAAGAUUUAUGGUACUUGAUAGCCGCUUCUACAUUCAGUGCGUGCAACCAGCCGCAAGAGAUACCGAAACUCUAUCAUUAUGCAAUGCUUUUAAGCAAUGGGAAUGCCAAUAAAUACCGUGUCACUGUUGCAUACAAGACAACCGAACUGCUCUCUCAGGAACCAACCAAAAGGUCUGAAAUGAUUGAACAGAUAUAUAGACAUCCCAGUGAAGAACAAAGGUCAGUUACUAAAAAAUUAAGAGAAGCAAUGCUGAAAUCUGCACCGCUUGCAGGACUACCGAAGGCAAUAAACAGUCUGCAGAUUCUUAAAGAGUACACACCGUCCACACUACUGUCAAAGACCUCGCCGAUAGACCCAUGGGAAGCUGCUAUGACCGAUGAAAUACCUUGUCCGAACACGGAGAGACAUAUUUGUGAAACAAGAAAGGACCACGUAGACGUUAUUCAUGAUGGACUCAGACACUGGAACUCAAUUUACAACAAAGUAUCAAGCAGGGUUGUCAACAACUUACACUCUUCAUACCCGGACCUAUGGUAUUUCGUCGUAGCACAUGUGUACGGUCCAUUGUUCUCAUUCGAUGACAUACUCUCAGUACAAGAAACGAGUCUCAUCGUCAUUGCAUCACUGGUACCGCAGGAUGUAAAUCCGCAAUUGAAGGGCCAUUUGCGGGGUGCUCUGAACAUCGGUUGCGAUUUUGACACUAUCGAGGCGGCAAGACAAUUGGCUGUGCUUGUAGCCCAAUGGUGCGGUAUAGAGUGGGAAGACGGUAUUGUAAAGUUACUACCCAAGAAACAUUCAACGGCUAAGCGUUGA